CACUUGCAGGCGGGGAAAGCUGCCCACGCCGGAACCUGAGGGCCCGGAAACGCGUGUUGUCACAAAGCGGGGAACACGUGGGCGCCGACGGCCCCCGCGGCGGUCGCAGGGAGUUGGGGUCGCCGGGAGAACCGUCCUCGCCCGCUGGACUGUUCGGCCCAGGCAGCCAGGCCGGUCCAUCUUCAGCCGGCGCCCGGCUGUGAGGGGUGGAUGCCCGGCUCAGUCUGACCACCUCCCUCCAGAUUUUUCCACCUCGUUCGGAUCCCCUGCAUAACCAUGUCCAUCCUCUACGUCUCCCCUCAUCCGGAUGCCUUCCCCAGCCUCCGAGCCCUCAUAGCUGCGCGCUACGGGGAGGCUGGGGAGGGUCCGGGAUGGGGAGGAGCCCACCCCCGCAUCUGUCUUCAGCCACCCCCGACCAGCAGGACUCCCUUUCCCCCACCCCGCCUGCCCGCCCUAGAGCAGGGGCCCGGUGGGCUCUGGGUGUGGGGGGCUACGGCUGUGUCCCAGAUGCUGUGGCCAGCGGGCCUGGGGGGCCCGGGGGGAUGCCGGGCGGCGGUCCUUGUCCAACAGUGGGUCAGUUACUCCGACACCGAGCUAAUACCAGCUGCCUGUGGGGCAACGCUGCCAGCCUUGGGACUCCAAAGCUCUGCCCAGGACCCCCAGGCUGCGCUGGGGGCUCUGGGCAGGGCUCUGAGCCCCUUGGAAGAGUGGCUUCAACUACACACCUACCUGGCUGGGGAGGCCCCUACUCUGGCUGACCUGGCGGCUGUCACCGCGUUGCUGCUACCUUUCCGAUACCUCCUAGACCCCUCUGCCCGCCGGAUCUGGGGUAAUGUGACUCGCUGGUUUAUCACAUGUGUCCAGCAGCCAGAAUUCCGGGCCGUGCUAGGAGAGGUGGUACUGUACUCAGGGGCCAGGCCUCUCUCCCAACAGCUAGGCCCUGAGGUCCCUGCACCCCUGAAGUCAGCUGCUCAACUCAAGAAAGAGGCAAAGAAACGGGAGAAGCUAGAGAAGUUCCAACAGAAGCAAAAGAUCCAACAGCAGCAGCCGCCCCUGGCGGAGCAGAAGAAAACAAAACCAGAGAAGAGGGGGAAAAGAGAUCCUGGGAUAAUUACGUAUGACCUCCCAACCCCACCUGGGGAAAAAAAAGAUGUCAGUGGCAUCAUGCCUGAUUCCUACAGUCCUCAGUAUGUGGAGGCUGCCUGGUACCCUUGGUGGGAGCAGCAGGGCUUCUUCAAGCCAGAGUAUGGGCGUUCCAGUGUGUCAGCACCAAAUCCCCGGGGCAUCUUCAUGAUGUGCAUCCCACCUCCCAACGUGACAGGCUCCCUGCACCUGGGCCAUGCCCUCACCAAUGCCAUCCAGGACUCCCUGACCCGAUGGCACCGCAUGCGGGGGGAGACUACCCUGUGGAAUCCUGGCUGUGACCACGCGGGCAUUGCCACCCAGGUAGUGGUGGAGAAGAAACUCUGGCGGGAGCAGGGGCUGAGCCGGCACCAGCUGGGCCGCGAGGCCUUUCUACAGGAGGUCUGGAAGUGGAAAGAAGAGAAAGGUGACCGCAUUUAUCACCAGCUCAGGAAGCUUGGCAGCUCCUUGGACUGGAAUCGAGCCUGUUUCACCAUGGACCCUAAACUCUCAGGAGCUGUGACAGAGGCCUUCGUCCGGCUCCAUGAGGAGGGAGUCAUCUACCGUAGUACCCGCCUUGUCAACUGGUCCUGCACCCUCAACUCGGCCAUCUCCGACAUCGAGGUGGAUAAGAAGGAGCUGACAGGUCGUACCCUGCUCUCCGUGCCUGGCUAUGAGGAGAAGGUGGAGUUUGGGGUCCUCGUCUCCUUUGCCUACAAGGUCCAAGGCUCAGACAGUGAUGAGGAGGUGGUGGUGGCAACAACUCGAAUUGAGACAAUGCUGGGAGACGUGGCUGUGGCUGUGCACCCCAAGGACCCUAGAUACCAGCACCUAAAGGGGAAGAGUGUGAUCAACCCAUUCCUGUCUCGGAGCCUCCCCAUUGUCUUUGAUGAUUUUGUGGACAUGGAGUUUGGCACAGGUGCAGUAAAGAUCACCCCUGCACAUGACCAGAAUGACUAUGAGGUUGGACAGAGACAUGGGCUGGAGGCCGUCAGCAUCAUGGACUCCCGAGGGUCCCUUGUCAACGUGCCCCCGCCCUUCCUGGGCCUACCCAGGUUUGAGGCCAGGAAGGCGGUGCUGGCAGCGCUGAAGGAGCAGGGACUGUUCCGUGGCAUGGAGGAUAACCCAAUGGUGGUGCCCCUUUGCAACCGCUCCAAGGACGUGGUGGAACCUCUGCUGCGGCCACAGUGGUACGUGCGUUGUGGGGAGAUGGCCCAGGCUGCCAGCGCUGCAGUAACUCGUGGCGACCUCUGCAUCCUGCCUGAGGCCCAUCAGAGGACAUGGCAUGCCUGGAUGGACAACAUCCGGGACUGGUGCAUCUCCCGGCAGCUGUGGUGGGGACACCGUAUCCCAGCCUACUUCAUCACUGUCAGUGACCCGGCUGUGCCCCCAGGGGAGGACCCCGAUGGGCGGUACUGGGUGAGUGGGCGCAGUGAGGCUGAGGCCCGGGAGAAGGCAGCCAAGGAGUUCGGAGUGUCUCCUGACAAGAUCAGCCUGCAGCAAGAUGAGGAUGUAUUGGAUACCUGGUUCUCCUCUGGCCUCUUCCCCUUCUCCAUCCUGGGCUGGCCCAACCAGUCCGAAGAUCUGAGUGUUUUCUACCCGGGGACGCUGUUGGAAACGGGCCAUGACAUCCUUUUCUUCUGGGUGGCCAGGAUGGUCAUGCUUGGCCUGAAACUCACCGGCAGGCUGCCCUUCAGAGAGGUCUACCUCCAUGCCAUUGUGCGAGAUGCCCACGGCCGGAAGAUGAGCAAGUCUCUGGGCAAUGUUAUUGACCCCCUGGAUGUUGUCCACGGAGUCUCCCUGCAGGGCCUCCAUGAGCAGCUACUGAACAGCAACCUGGAUCCCAGUGAGGUGGAGAAGGCUAAAGAAGGACAGAAGGCGGACUUCCCAGCGGGGAUUCCCGAGUGUGGGACCGAUGCUCUCCGGUUUGGCCUGUGUGCCUACACAUCCCAGGGUCGUGACAUCAAUCUGGAUGUGAACCGGAUACUGGGUUACCGCCACUUCUGCAACAAGCUCUGGAAUGCCACCAAGUUUGCCCUCCGUGGCCUUGGGAAGGGGUUUGUGCCUUCACCCACCUCCGAGCCUGCAGGCCACAAGAGCCUGGUGGACCGAUGGAUCCUCAGCCGGCUGACUGAGGCUGUGAGGCUCAGCAACCAAGGUUUCCAGGCCUAUGAUUUCCCAGCUGUUACCACCGCCCAGUACAGCUUCUGGCUCUAUGAGCUGUGUGAUGUCUACCUGGAGUGCCUGAAGCCAGUGCUGAAUGGAGUGGACCAGGUGGCGGCUGAGUGUGCUCGCCAGACCCUCUACACUUGCCUGGAUGUUGGCCUGAGGUUGCUAUCCCCCUUCAUGCCCUUUGUGACUGAGGAGCUGUUCCAGAGGCUGCCUCGGCGGAUACCACAGGCUCCCCCUAGCCUCUGUAUUACCCACUACCCAGAGCCCUUAGAGUGCUCCUGGAAGGACCCUGAGGCAGAAGCCACCAUAGAGCUGGCCCUGAGCAUCACAAGAGCUGUGCGGUCCCUGCGUGCCGAUUACAACCUCACCCGGAUCCGGCCUGACUGUUUCCUGGAAGUGGCUGAUGAGGCUACAGGCGCCAUGGCAUCGGCAGUGUCAGGCUACGUGCAGGCACUAGCCGGCGCGGGUGUGGUGGCUGUCCUGGCCCUGGGAGCUCCUGCACCACAGGGUUGCACAGUGGCCCUUGCCUCUGACCGCUGUUCCGUCCACCUGCAGCUUCAGGGGCUGGUGGACCCAGCCCGGGAGCUGGGUAAGCUGCAGGCCAAGCGUGGUGAGGCGCAGCGGCAGGCACAGCGUUUGCGGGAGCGCCGUGCUGUCUCAGGCUACCCUGUCAAGGUGCCCAUGGAAGUCCAGGAGGCAGACAAAGUCAAGGUUUGUGGUCUCCAACAGACAGAAGCAGAGCUCAGGAAGGUGGAUGAGGCCAUCACGCUAUUUCAGGCGAUGCUGUGAUGAUCCAACUCCAUCCCUCCCCAAUGGUCCACCAUGGGGACCAAGCAAUAAAAUAUUUUGCCACAAAA